AAAGCACCAUGAGGCAUUAAAGGACCUCCCCACAAAACUCUGCUCAUGCACCACCACAACUGGACGAGCUGCUGUUGUUGAGCAUAUCAGCGCUCUAUGGCGCAUUACUAAUCGGCAGUUGUUUGUAGGAGUUAAAAAGCUGAAGCCCCCGGCGUAACAAACUAAUACCGCAGAGUGAUUGUCGAUGGAGGACCUGGGGAAUCUGAGCACUGGGCAAAACGGCGCCUUGGUCAUUCUGGCCUUCCUCCAAGCCGACUGUCGGACUUCAGAGUACGGGAAGGAGCUCCUCUCCCUGGGCGAGGAUUUUAAUCUCACCCGGGACGUCCACUCCAGUGGCUUCAGGAGAGACGUGCUGGAGGAUGGAGACCUCGAAACGGACGGUCACGUGUCCAGUUGCAUCACGCCUGCUUUCCGUGACAUUCAGCCCUCAGUGGAACUGCAGUGGCCUCGGAACCAUGCAGAGGCAGCAGAUCUUCAGCAGAUCGCAGAAGGGCUGAGAGAAAUCGCAGACCAGCUUGAACACAAUGUCGUAGCUGAGGCUACCCGGAACCUCAGCAGGAACAUAUCGACCUCCCCCUCCGAGCAGUGGAAAGAUCACCUAACGUGUGAGGUGGACCGAGUGAUGAGGCGGGGCGUGGGCCUGGAGCAUCUACCCCAGGAGCGCGUCAUUGUGGCCCUCACGCUCACCCUGGUGAAGGGAGUGUGCGAGCAGACCCCUCGGCUGCUGAGGAACCUGUUCGACGCCGUGCUGCGGUACUUCAACCCGGUGACUCUCUGAGCUGCAGGCUGAGUUGAAAUAACUGAGAACCGUGUGGUGGAAAAUGGCUGCAUCUGGAAUCGACAUCCGCCAGUCGACUGUGAAAAGCAGAUGCGUCGACCAUACGAGUAAAAAAAAAAGAAGAACAUUCCAACUAAGGAAAGUGACGAUGAAUUUACAGUCAUAUUUUUGAAAAUGAGAAAUGGAAAGUUAAUUUUGAGACUUGGAAUAUUUGUGUUACUUGAUCCGUUUACAUUGCUUUGCUUUAAAAUGUUUUAUGUUUUCAUUUUAUUUUUCUUUUGGCAUUUGCGUGUAUGGCUAUUAUACUGUGAUUUGAUUAAAUAUAUUUUCCUGA